AUGGCUUCUCCUCCAUACAAUCACGGCUAUAACAAUGCCAUCUCACCACCUUAUCCUCCUAAUGCGCAGCUUCCGCAACCACCUAAAAGACGACAAACAGAUAUGCCUUCCUCUGCGCCUGCGAUAAAGCGUCGCAAAGCUUCCAUGCUGUCAACCACAUCUACAGGUUCUGCUCACCCUUUGCGACAAACAUCCUUCCCGCCCGAAAAUGCAUCACGAACGCCGGCAUACUCUCGCUCACCCAGCGCAGAUACAAUGGUCUCCGGUAGCGUUGCAGGCGUUGGGCAACCAAAGAAGAAGCGAGGGCGUAAGCUUAAGGGCACAGUUAAUGAUAAUGCAUCAGCUGCUGAUGUCCAAUCAACAACAUCAGGUCCUGCGGGUAAGAACAACAAACGGAGAGCGAGUAACGCAAGCUUGGAAGACGAAGAGGAUGCUGGCAAUGGCACAACAGCUAUACAGAUGGCUGCUGAGACAACGGAACAAAAGAUGAGAGAAAAGGAACAUCAAGCGCUUCUCGUUAGAGGCCUUGAUCCAAUUCAGACAGACCGAUAUGCAAACUAUCGACAAUCUCGUCUACUUGAUCCUAUAGUGAGAAGAAUUAUCAACCAAACACUCUCACAGUCAGUGGGCGCGCCCAUUAUAUUAGCUGUCAAGACAAUCGCCAAAAUGUUUGCUGGCGAGCUUAUAGAAGAUGCCAGACGGAUUCAAACGCAAUGGAUCAUAGCGAAUGGGGAUGACCAAGUAGGGGAGUUCUUAAGCCCACCUGCAAAGGAUGCAGUCAAACCCGAGAAGGAGACCAGAAGAGGACCAUUGUUACCAGACCAUCUACGAGAAGCCAUUCGAAGAUACAGAUUGAGAAGGGAGGGCGGUUCGGUUGCGCAGCUUGGAUUAUUUCACGUUCAGCGGCAGAGUGGCGUCGAGCGGUUUGGUCUCCGCGUGAAGGGCAAAAGGUUACUGAAGUAA